UGAUGUUGUAGGCUGGGAUGGCACUUUACAAGAUUGUUCCCAAGAAUCCCUACUACUUCUGGUCAGUGAUGAGUUUGGUUAUGCAGGCGAUCUCUGCGCGUGACGAGAAGCUGGCGAAGACCAUGUUCCUGCCGCUGGCGGAGAGGAUGGUGGCGAAGAUGGUGAAAGAGGAGAAGAUUGAGGCAGAGGCUGAAGUUCAGCUUUAUUUCAUGAUUCUGGAGCGGCUAGGAAAAUACGUGGAGGCUCUGGAGGUGGUGAGGGGCAAGCUAGGAGAGAAGCUGACCAGCGAGCUGCAGAGCCGGGAGAACAAGUGCAUGGCUCUCUACAAGAAACUGGACCGGUGGCCCGAGUGCAAUGCGCUCUCCAGAAAACUCUUACUGACAAACCCAGAUGACUGGCAGUUCUUCCUGUCCUACUUUGAUUCCCUCUUCCAUGUAAUUGAUGAGUCCUGGUCCCCACCUGAAGAAGGCGAGCAUUCGUUAGAAGGUGAAGUGGAAUCCUCUAUAGCACAGGCUGUUAAAUUCGUUCUGGACAGGAUUUCCGUGGAGGAGGCGAAAGGAUCCCGGCAGCUGCGGGGACCAUACCUGGCCAGACUGGAGCUGAUCCAGAGACUCAGACAGAGGGGCAGCCCAGAGGAGAAGGAGCUGGGAGAGCCCCUCGAGCUCAUGUUCCAGUACUUUGAGAAGUUCGGGGACAAACCCUGCUGCAUUUCUGAUCUCAAGAUAUUUCUGGACCUUUUGGCACCCGACCAGCAUGUACAG